GAAGUUGCAUACUAUUUAGGAUUCUCCGUAUCCUGGAUGCCCGAAUUCUCAGAAGGCGCCAUGCUUUUUGUAAAGCACUUCAACGGCAUAUACGCAUUAGCAAAUAUUCGCGGUGGAGGAGAGUACGGCGAAAGAUGGCAUGAAGCUGGAAUGCGUGAACGCAAGCAAACUGUAUUUGAUGACUUCAUCGCCGCUGCGGAAUAUUUCAUUGAAAACAACUACACUACGAACAAAAAAUUGGCUAUUAGAGGAGGAUCAAAUGGAGGUUUAUUGGUGGCAGUAUGUGCACAACAACGACCUGAUCUAUAUGGAGCAGUAGUAGGUGAAGUGGGGUACCGAGUAUGA